AUGGGUGAAAGAAAACUUCUAGGACCUGAAAUUGUACAAGCGACAGUGGACAAGGUCAAUAUCAUAGGGGCCAAGUUGAAAGCAACACAAGAUAGGCAAAAAAGCUAUGCGGACAUGCGUAGAAAGGAUCUCGAGUUCGAGGUUUGCAAUCGAGUAUUCUUGAAGCUCGCUGCUUGGAAAGGUGUAGUACGUUUUGGAAAACGACGGAAGCUAAGCCCUAUCUACAUCGGACCGUAUGAGAUAAUUGAGAGGAUAGGUCCAGUGGCUUACAGGUUAAACUUACUAGGAGAGCUUUCUCAAGUCCAUGAUGUUUUUCACAUCUCCAUGCUCUGCAAGUAUAUCUCAGACCCAUCACAUGUGUUGGAGACACCGGAGAUCGAGUUGAGGGAUGACUUGUCUUAUGAGGAGCAGCCAGCGCAGAUUUUAGGAAGAGAAGUGAAAAGGCUUAGCAACAAGACUACACCUUUGGUGAAGGUUCUUUGGAGAAAUCACCUUGUCGAGGAGGCGACUUGGGAGUGA